GUGUCUUUAUGCAUGUACUUCAAUUUUCUUUGCCAUCAUAAGAUACCAUAAUCUUUUUUUAAAACAUUUUUCUGAUGUAGGUCGAUUUUGUGAAUAAUCAUGGAUAUUGACCAAUGUAUUGAAAGUCUUGGUGGAAGUUCCUGUGAUCAAAUUGACCAACAAGGAAUCAAUUUGGUUGGACAGUUUGGUUGGAAAUUUCAGUCUCGUGAUGAACUUCUUGAUACUCUUCGAGAGUUUUUCUCAAUGCAAGGAUAUGCAAUAUCUAUCAAAAAUUCCAAAAUGGAUAAAUAUUUGACCAUUGGGUGUGAUAGGGAUGAUUGUUAUCGAAAUAAAUGGAAGGUUCCCAUAGAGCAUCGACAAAGAAAAACAACAACUCGUCUCAUAAAUUGUCCUUUUGAAAUUUGUUGUAAGAGACGAGAGGAUGGAUUUUGGGAGGUUGAAGAAAAAAAUAGCUCACACAAUCAUGAACCCUCAAGUGACAUGUCUGGACAUCUCUCUUGCCGUCGUUUGUCACAAGAAGAGAUUACAACCAUUGAAGAUCUAACUAAAUCGGGAGUGCCACCACGCCAAAUUCUUUCUUCACUGAGACAAAGGAAUCCAAAGCUUCAAGCAAUAUCAAGAACAAUCUACAACACAAAGGUGAAACUUCGAAAGGAACACUUAGCAGGGCGAAGUGUGAUCCAAGCAUUGUUUGAAGAGCUUUGUCAAGGUAAUGAAUUUUGUGGUUUGAAGACAAACGUAGUGCUCAAUUGAAGAAUGUGUCUCUGAAAUGGGCUUCCAUUAUUUCCAGGAGAGAGAAAUUUUUGUUUUGUUGAGUUUAAAAGUAUUAGCACUUGGUAUUUCAUUGGGCAAUGUUUUUUUUUUUUUUUUUAGGAUUGUGCUUAGGAUUAUAUUUCCAGGAGAGAUGAUAUUUUCUGUUUUUGUUGAGCUUAAAAGUACUAGCAAUUGAUACUUUGUUGGGCAAUGUUUUUUGAGGUUUGUUUUCAAAAUUUUAGUUUGGAUUUGGGAUGAAUGAUUACAUCGGUUGUUUCAGGUGAAAAAAAUGGCCUCCCUAUUGUGAAAUGUUUUUCAUGAAAAAUUUCCUAUUGUGAUAUGUUUGUUCUCUUUUAAUUGAGCAGAAAAGUUAAAAUUGAGACUCCUUUGAUCUUGUGUUUGUUUAUUAGGGGUGGG